AUGGCGCCCAAAUACUCCAACAAACUCAACAACAAACUCGUCAUCGUCGUCGGAGGCAGCUCGGGCAUCGGCUACGCCGUCGCCGAAGCCAGCCUUGAAGGCGGCGCCAACGUCGUCAUCGCCAGCCGCACCCAAAAGAACAUCGACGCCGCCAUCGCCAGCCUGACCGAAGCAUAUCCGGACUCAGCCAAACGUAUCCGUGGGCAUCCCUGCAACCUCGUCGACACCGAUGCAGAGUCCGACGUGAUCAAACUUUUCGACUUCGCCACCAACAACGGCGCCAUUAAAAUCGACCACAUCGUCGACACCGCCGCAGCCGAUGGACCUACGGUUGGCGACCUCGCCAGCGCUACAGUGGAUACGUUUCUCGACUCUUACCGCGCGAGAUGUCUUGGCUCUGCCGUACUCGCUAAGUACGCGCUGAAGUAUAUGCUUUCCUCAUCAUCCUCCUCCAUCACAAUGACAAGCGGCAUCCUCGUCCGACGCCCCAUGAAAGGCAUGAGUCCGCGCAUCGCUGCAUCAAGCGCCAAGGAGGGCCUUGCUCGAACAUUCGCGGUCGAUCUCGCGCCGAUCAGGGUGAAUGUCGUGUCCCCAGGGGCGAUCAUGACGCCGUUGCUGGUGAAGAUGUUUGAUAGAUUCGGCGAGGGCUUGAGGGAGAAUAUGCGGGGCAGUACGUUGCUGGGGGAGAUUGGGCAGCCAGAGGACAUUGCAGAGAGUUAUCUGUGCAGUAUGAAGAAUCGAUUUAUGACGGGGCAGGUGGUGCAGUGUGAUGGGGGCUUCUUGGUUAAGAACUGA